CAUUAUAAGAGAUGCGUGUGUUUAUUGUGCGAAUGCUGAGUUACCGUCAAAGAAAUAAAGAAGCUUAUCAACGAAAUGGCUCUGACACCAGCGGAAAAGCAGCGUCGGUAUAGGCUGAAGUUGAAGCUGGACCCCGUAAAAAAUGAUGAAGCUAAAAGAAAACACCUUGAAAGAUGCCACGCCAAAAAAAACAACUAGUGAAAGAUAUUACUGAACGAGAGCAUAGAGCUGCUAAACGUAGAUGGAAGAUUGCAAA